AUGGGCAAAAAGGUGGAGCUUCGGGGGCUCAGCGGCAAAGGAGAGCGCACGUCGUGGGAUGUAAGGCUGGUGCUGUGCUGCGACAGUGUGGUGCCGGCGAGGUUAUCCCGUGAGCAGGCGAUACGGGAGGCCGGGGAUCCAAGGGCUCGGUUGCUCAGCUCAUCGCUAUUCAAAGAAGAGGUGGUGGUUCCAGUGGCGGAGAUGGGCAACAAGAACCACCCCAACCUGCUGCGCCUGCUGGGGUACUGCGAUGAGCAAGACAGGCAGGGCCGGUGGCAGCAGGUGGUGGUCUAUGAGUUCAUGCCUGGCUGGUGGCAGCCUCCUCAACAAGUUUGGACCGCAUGGCCGGCAGCGAGGGGCGAGGACGUGGUGGUGGGCGAGCUCGAGUACGUGGACCCGCACCUGCUGCUCACUGAGCGCCCCACACCCACCACUACAGGUGCCAACCCGAUCUCUUCUCCCUAUUCCGCCCAUUCCCCUCAGUCUGCCUCCCAUUCCCCUCAAUCCGCCACCCAUUCCCCUCAAGCUGCCCAUCUUUGUUGA